UAAAAAUUUCAAUUCAAGUUUGCGUACGGUUGAGUUGAAGUUAUUUGUUUACGAGUGUAGUGUAGAAAUGUAAUAAAUGUGUACAAUUUGAUAGUUUUGUAACUGCUAGUUAUCAGAAUAAAAUAUUAAUACAAAAUGAGUACGGACGGCUCGGAUUCGGGAUACAAUAUAGCAUUGUCUCUCGUCGCUCAAUUUGAUGAUAUAAAUCGUUUGAAUGGAGUUCUAAACGACGGAGCUGCGGAAGAAUGUUUCCUAGCGUUUGCAAAGCAGAUGGAAUGGGUUCGUUCCCAAUGGGCCUCGGCACAAGCAGAGGCGGUGCGGCUCCAGACGGAACUGGAUGAGGCUCUCCGCAAACUGGAGAAGUGGGAGGCUAAGUUCACGCACGUCCGGAAACUUCUGGAUGGUGAGAAGAGGGAGAGGAAUAUUGUACUGAAGAAGUAUAGCGAAUUGAGCAAGCUGUUAGAAAUGGCCCGAGACCUGUUGUUCAAUGACAAUCGGGCCAAGCUGAAUGAUGAGACCCUGCAGAAGCUGGCCUUCCUGAACGGGACAGCACAGCAAGACCACAACGCCAAACUUUCUGGCGUGCCAGAGUUGAACUCUACUGGUACCCUCUUAUCGGAGAUGUCCUACUCCCGCUCUGAAGACGACCUGGACAUCUCCAUAGCGUCGACGCGCCGCUCGUGGGUGCAACGGGGAGGGUGGACUGCGAGAGACAACCCUCCAGCUUCGAAGAAGAGACGAUCUUCUACAUCCUCUGCUACUAAGACGGUAGAAAUACAAGGCGGGAAGGUUCUAGCAACCGCCACAACGACAUUGACGCUGGAACGCGCUCCGACCAACCACGAUUUGAAACCUCCGCAGAAUUUCCAACCAAUAUCGGAGAGCAGCGAUGAAGCUCCACCUUCGAAGUCCCCCCACCGCGUGUCGGGCAAGCACAGUGUUCAAUUGCACCAGGAAAUGAGGACUCCGUGCACACCUAGCGCUCCGCCACGCACUGACACUGACAGUGUCUCCGAGACCCCCCGGUGCGCGCCGCAGCGCACCCCCAGCGUGGUGUCCGCACAAUAUGGCGGCUCGCCCAGAACAAGGCCGAGGGCGCACAAUUUCGUCUCCAAAAACUUCUACAAGAGGGAGAAAUGUGGCCCGUGUGGGAAAACCAUCGGGUUCGGCAAGGCCGGCGUGAAGUGCGAGAGCUGCCGCGCGCAGACGCACGCCGAGUGCCGCGCGCUGCUGCCGCUGCCGUGCGUGCCGCCCGGGCCCGCGCCGCCGCACGCCGCCGCCGCGCAACUCGGCAGCAUAGCGGAUUACGCGCCCCGAUCUCCGCCCAUGGUACCGGCUUUGUUGGUGCAUUGUAUCAACGAGGUGGAGAAGAGGGGACUUACUGAAAAGGGUAUAUACCGCAUUAGUGGCGUUGAAAAGGACGUCAAGCGACUGAAGGAACGCUUUCUGCGCGGCUGUGGCUCACCUCAACUCGCGAACGAAGACAUCCACGUGAUCUGCGGCUGCAUCAAAGACUUCCUCCGCUCCCUCAAAGAGCCGUUGGUCUCCAACAGUCUCUGGGGAGACUUCAUGAAUGUGGCGAAGUUGUCUGAGCCGAGUGACGCCACGGCGGCCGUGGUGCAAGCUGUGACGCAGUUGCCACAACCUAACAGAGACACCCUGGCAUUCCUCGUCUUACAUCUGCAGAAAGUGGCCGAGAGUGCUGAAUGUGAGAUGGGCGUUGAGAAUCUGGCGACGGUGUUCGGCCCCACCGUGGUGGGGUACGGGCUGAUGACGCAGGCCGCCGAGAUGUACACGGCGACUGCGCAGAUGUUCAAUGUAAUGCAGUUACUAUUGCGUCUUCCAUCUGAUUACUGGGCACAGUGGGCGUGCCCCGCUAUGGAGUCGCCGCUGCAGCAGACCUUCACCAAACCCAGGGGGUUCUUCUUCUCCCCGGCAGACACUGGAGUGUCGAGGAAAAAGAGAAAUUAUUUCCAAUAGCACUGACCUUCAAAUACCAAUAUUAUAAGAACUUUUGAUAUUAAUUUAGCUAUAAUUGUAUUUAGGAUUUCCUUCAACUUAAUUUGCUUAAUUAUUUUGUUGUAUGCAUAUCAUUGUAUAUAACUGUAUUGCUUUAUGCUUAAUGUCGUUAGGUUUAUUUAUAUAUCUGUAUGAGAAUUUCACUUGACAUAAUAUUUUUUUUUUACAAUACCUGAUCGAAUUUUAUCCGAUUUAGUUUUACAAAUAUGUAAAUCUGACGUUACGUAGACAUUUAUAACUAAACAUUACUUUAAAACAAGAGAUUACAUUUUGUUGAUUCAAAGUUGUAAGAAAUUUAUAAAUGCACAAAUAAUUUCUUAGGUAAAACAUCCCAACUAAUUAUAUAAAUGCGAAAUUAAGUUUAUUUGUUUGUUUGUUGUCUCCUCACGUGUUAUCAUCUACUAAACCAUUCUUCUUCGUUCGUCGCAAUUUUUUGUAUAUAUAAAAUGGAAGAGUCUGGGAGAGGGACAUAGGGUACUUUUCCUAGGCCUCUGUGGCGCAGCGGUAGUACGCUUGUCUGUGACAUCGGAGGUCCCGGGUUCGAAUCCCGGCCAGGGCCUGAUGGGAAAAGAACUUUUUCUGAUUGGCCUGGGCCUUGGAUGUUUAUCUACAUAUAUAACUAUUUAUUAUAAAAUAUAGUAUCGUUGAGUUAGUAUUUCGUAUAUAUUUUGUAUAUAUUUAUUUUCAUCCCGGUAAAAAAUAUAGUUCUCGUGGGAUUUGCGAAAAUCCUGUAUUCUCUUGUACGUGGCGCUUAAUACGCGAGGGCAAAACUACGCGUAAAAGUUAGUUUUAAUAUUAGUUAUUUAAUUUUUCUCGAUAAAAUGUGGGGAAGAGUAAAAGCAAAUCCCACAAAAACAUUUCAUGUUAAAUGUUGCCAAUCGUAUUGGCGGGCACUACCGUGCCCCCAGAUUUCCAAUUUAUCUGACACAUAUUCAGUUUAUGUAUUAAAUUAAUGUAAAGUUAAAAGCGUAAAUUUUCGUUAUUAUACAUAAAAUUAUCAAUAAAAUAGGAUAUGUUUAUUUAAAUUAUCUGUGUUUUAUAUUAUUUACUGGAUCUGCUCUUUAUGUUUCUUUAUAUAAAUUUAGCUGAUAAUACCUAUAGUUUGUAAGGUUUGUACUUAAUUAUGUUAAGACUGUUAACCAUCUGAUUACACUUGUAUCAUUUUAGAAGUUAAGGUUAUGUUUAUAACUGCAUCGUGAUAAGGAAAAUGACAAUAGUUAAAAUAAUACACUUAAUACCUAGCCUUAUCCAGCACAGAUAAUUGUCGUGGAACAAGAUGAAAGAAACUUAUUUCCUUAGUUGCGUCUUAAGUUAUCCACUGUGUCAUAAUGAGAGGUGGACUGUUUUUUUCUUUAAUUCCUGGGAUCACACUAAAGUACUUAUAUGACAUUAUAGUUAUUAAUUUCAAACCAUUUUUUUUUUCACUUUUAUUUGCAACAAAAUACAGACAUGCAGAAAUAUUACAUUAAUAAUUUUUUUUUUUCUUAAGUUCUUUAUAUAUAUGUACAUGACCAGUGAUUUAUUUGCCUUUGUUUAACGUUAAUUCAAUACAAUAAAAUCUUCAAUGUAAAUAAAACUAUUUGUUCAUAAUAAGCAGUUGUUAUAUAUUUUUGAUUACUGAUAGUAAAGUUAUAACAACUACCAAGGAUUAUAAUAAAAUAUUUAUUUUUUUUGCAUUGUAACAAUUAAGUCACUAUAGUUAUAAAACCACUGUAUUUCAGAAUUUUGCAAAGAUAAAGGCAAAAUUAUGUUGAAUACUAGUCACAAGGACUAGCCUGUAGAUUUAUAUUCUUUCAAGAAAAUUCACUGUUUGUAAUAUUUGACUUUAUUAAAUGAAA